GGUCAGAGCAGCGAUAGUAGACAACCGGCUACUUUGUGCGGAGAUACUUUAGGAAUACAUUGUAUUUUAUUAUUAAUAUUAAACCAACAAUGGAGGAAAUAUUAUCGAAGUUACUUGUAGCUGAUAAUUCGACGAUACAACAGGGAACAGCAGAACUCAGAGAAGCUUUUAAAAAACCAGAGAGUACGCCAGCAUUAUGUCAACUUAUUAUAUCAUCACCAAAUUCACAGAUACGACAGUAUGCAGCUGUAUUACUCAGGAAACGUUAUGGUAAAAGUAAACAUUGGUUAAAAUUGCCUAGGCAUAUACGCAGUGAAUUCAAACCAGUAAUUUUACAGGCCUUAAUUAAUGAACCAGAGAAAUUUGUAAAAAAUGCAAUUGCACAAUUAAUAGGUGUAAUUGUAAAGCACGAAUUGCCUAAUAAUGAAUGGCCUGAGGUUUUACAAUUUGUACAACAGUUGAUUACUAGUGAAAAUUUGGCUGAAAAAGAGUUGGGAACCUACACACUGUCAAUUAUGACAGAAGUUGCACCUGAUGCAUAUCAAACACAUGCUGGUUCAAUUGCAGUUCUUAUGGGUCAAACAUUGAACAGUUUACAAGAUCUGGGAAAUCCUGUUGCAUAUUAUGUCCUACGAAUAUUACAGAACCUUGUUCCCUUAGUUCAAAAUAAUCAGAUGAUGGUGAAUGCUUAUCAUCAGAUGUUGCCCCAGGUAAUGGCUACAAUUCAGUCUCUUGCUACUACUAACGAAGACAAAGCUAUUGAAUGCUUCGAACUAGUAGACGAACUAUGCGAAAAUGCAAUUGCCGUGAUAGCGCCUCAUGUAAAACUCCUUGUCAGUAUGUGCCUUGCUAUUGCUGGUAACAAGUCAUUGGACAGUGCUCUUAGAGUUAAAGCAGUUGUUUCUAUCGGAUGGUUAGCCAGGACAAAGAAAAAAGCCAUGAUAAAACAUAAGCUCGUUGAACCUGUUAUAGAUAUGUUGUUCAAUCUUAUGUCCACUCGACCAGAGGAUGACGAGGAUGAAGUUUACUUUACUGAUAAUGAGGACAAUACACCUGUAACUUGUGCUACCCAAGUUGUGGAUUUACUAGCACUUCAUUUACCGCCAGAGAAAUUAAUUCCUCAAUUGCUGCGGUACAUUGAACCUGGUCUUCAGGGAACAGAUGUAUAUGCAAAAAAAGCAUCGUAUUUAGCAAUGGCUGUAUUAGCAGAAGGUUGUUCCGAAUACAUCCGCACUAAGUAUCUCGAGUCUUUCUUGCAUUGCACUUGUCAGGGAAUCACCGAUUCUGUUCCCGUCGUGCGGAACGCCGCCCUUUUUGCUCUUGGACAAUUUUCUGAACAUUUGCAACCGGACAUUUCUAAAUAUUCUUCAGUCUUAUUGCCUGUAUUGUUUGAAUACCUUGGUCAAAUAUGUGCUCAUAUUAAACAAGAGAAGAAAGCACCGCCUUCGGUCGAUCGUAUGUUCUAUGCAUUAGAAAUGUUUUGCGAAAAUCUAAACGAAAGUCUGUUACCGUAUUUACCAACAUUAAUGGAAAGGCUGUUUGAAAUUCUAAAUGCUGACACCCCGAUCCACGUUAGAGAACUCUCACUGAGCGCCAUUGGUUCGGCAGCGUUAGCCAGUAAGGAGCACAUGUUGCCGUACUUUGAAAGGAUCGUUUCAAUUUUGGACACUUAUCUUUCGGAAAAACAAACACAGGAAACCAUGUGUCUUCAAGUACAAGCAGUUGACACUCUUGGCGUGCUUGCAAGAACAAUUGGCGACAAAAAUUUUGCACCUUUGGCCGGUAGGUCGCUUAAUUUUGGACUGAAUCUACUGAAGGAGACACAAGACCCAGAUUUAAGGAAGUCCAUUUUCGGUUUAUUCGCCUCAAUCAGUACCAUAAUGAAGAAGGAAAUGGCGUCCGCUUUGCCGGAUAUUGUCGAGAACAUGAUAUUAAGUAUACAGAGUUCGGAAGGCAUAGUGCCCCAUUAUAAGGAAGACGAGAGUUCAGCUUUUCCAGUUUAUGAGGAUCUUAGCGAGAGUGAAAAUGAAAACGAUGAGGAAGAUAUUGAGAAUACAGAUAAUGAAGAAGAUGACGAUGAUGUAGCAGGCUAUAGCGUUGAAAAUGCGUACAUUGAUGAGAAGGAAGAAGCAAUUUUAGCAUUAAAGGAAAUUGCUGAACAUACAGAAGAAGCGUUCCUACCAUAUCUCCAGAAAUCUUUCGAAGAAACAUUUAAGUUAAUCAAUUAUCCUCAAGAGGAUAUCCGUAAAGCUGCCAUCGAUGGUCUCUUACAGUUUUGUAUAAAUUUCUCGAAAAUCAAUACCAAUGAAGGGAAGGAAGCUCUGUUGAAAGCUCUCUCUGUGUAUAUACCAAAAUUGUCCGAGUUAAUACAACUAGACACCGAACGAAGUGUGGUAAUUAGUGGCUUGGACGCUUUCGCCGAACUUCUAAAAGAAAUCAAGACGGAUGUUCUUGUAGGAGAGGGCCAUAAAGACGCUAUAAAGAAUUGCAUCAGAGCUGUUAUGUUAGGCAAGACAGAAUGUCAAGAUCAGGAAGAAACAGAGGAAGUAGAGACUGAAGCUGAGCAAGAUGAAUUAUUAGUUGAAUGCGCGGGCGAUGUAUUCACCAAUUUAGGAAAGGUGAUCUCUCCGGAAGCAUUUGCAAUUUUUUUCCAAACCAUCCUGCCGAGGCUUUUAGAAAGAUUGAGAAAGAACAAAUCAGAAGCGCAGAGAUCGUUCGCUGUAGGGACUAUUGCAGAGUCUUUCGCGGGGCUUAAACAUGCUGCGUUCAUAAAUCAACUUCUUCCUCUGUUAUUCACACUUGUGGAUGAUCCAAGUGACGAGGUUCGCAAUAAUGCGAUUUACGGAAUCGGUGAACUCGCGCUACAUGCCAAAGAUGCUGUUUAUCCACGUUACGAGGAAAUUGUGUCGUUUCUCUGUAACUCGCUUGGCAAAGAAACUCACGCAGGAGCCCGUGAUAAUAUCAUCGGUGCAAUUGCACGACUAAUAAUCACCAAUUACCAGGGUGUUUGUCUGGAGCAAGUGUUUCCAAUUUUCGUCAGCCAGUUGCCGCUGAAAGAAGAUUUUGAGGAGAACAAAGCAGUUUUUAGAAGUAUAUUAACGUUAUAUCAAGCUGGCCAUUCCAUUUUACAACCGCACAUGCACAUAUUGCUGAAAGUAGCGGUCAAUGUAUUAUACGAGGAAAGUGCUACUGAUGACGAGGCAAAAAGUUUCGUAAUGGAAUUUAUCAAGUCUGCACAGCGAGACUUUCCAAACGAAUGGAACUCCAUGUACGCCGAGCUUCCAGUAGAGGUCGGGACAAAAGUUCAACAAAUAUUUUCUUAGAUCUCGACACGAAUUCGAUAACAACGAUCAUUAAUUGUUCCGCAUUGGAUGAGACAUGCAGACUGAUAUGUGAAGAUAUUCUCGUCUCGAAGAUGUAUUUCAUUUUCUUGUUAAAUUAUACAUAAUAUAAUAAGAUUUUUCCGAUUAAUUGUGCUAGUUCACAAUCUUUUAUAUAUAUAUAUACAUAUAUAUAUUUAAAAUUGAUCACGAAACCAUGACACCGGAUCUGUCAGUAAGUGCAAUUAAUUAAAUCAGCGAUGAAAUAAGUCUCACUUCGUAACCGUACACAAUAAAGUAUCACAGAAGUUCUUAU